AUGUACUGUGCAACAGUGGCUGUUGUGCUGGUCAUUACAGGGGUACUUUUAGGAUGCAUUUACCUCAUUAGUUUAAGGUCCGGCAAGAGGUCAAUGAGCGUGGUGGAGUUGUCUCAGAGCAUCAAAACUGUGCACCUUUUCAUUGUCGUGAUUGCCAUUCUCGUAAACAACAAGGAACUGCUGGGAUGUUCCACUUACCAUUUGGUGCAUACAUCUGAAUGUCACGCGAAAGACGUAACCAAUGAAAUGCUACUCGGAACUCUGCCAGCCACGGUGACAAUCAUGGCCAUUAUCAGACUCCGUGUGUGCCUCUGCAAAGGAGAUGCUUCCAAAUUAGUCACCAAGCGAUUCGCAGGUAGUCUCUACAUCCUGGAGAUCCUAUGGUCCGUUUUUCUCUGGGCAUUGAUUCAAAUCCCGGAGUUUUUAAGAGAGAAAAACGAAAUAUUAAGCAACUUAUUACCGAAUGAAACAAACGAAACGUCUUUUUUACCCCUUGACGACUGUUACAGAUACAUACACGAGAUACAUUCCAGCGUUAUGGUUUACAAAUGGGCUAACAUUUGCGUGUGCUAUAUAUUGCCACUAGUUUCUGGCAUUUGUAUUUACGUCAAGAUUAUUACGCACGUAUACAAGUCUGCUUCUAGAGUACAGAUGCAUUCUAUUGUGCCCACUCAAACAACUUCUGUGUUUUUGGUGCCAUCCUCCCAGUCCUCAUCUGAGAGCAAUCCAUCCCCAAGAAUCAGCAAUGGAUACAAAACUGCUGGCAACAUUCAUCGCUCUGUUCUAGGGAUUGUGAUCGGUAUAAUUAUCAGUUGGUUACCACUGUGUACCAUUAAGAUGAUAUCUUUAAUAUCAGGCGACUACAUAUCCAUUUUGUACAGAACAAAACUCCACCUUAUACUUGCUAUAUUUGUUACCUUUCCAUUUGAAGAAGGUAUUCUCCAAAGUGACAAGAGAAAGCGCCUUGCUGUUUUCUUUAAACGAUUAUUGGCAAAACCCGACCACACCGAUGUUCAGAGACAAGUGCGACACGAUAUCAUUUUGAUACCGGAGACUACCCAAAAUGGUGUAACCACCAUCCUAAAAUCGCUACAGGAAUCCAGAACACCUGUACCACAUGAACAUGGAAUUGUCAAUCUUAGCGACAGUAAAACAUCGCAGCUUACGAUGACAUCCGAAAAUUUGCGUCGAACUUCCAUCCAGAGUUACGAUUCUUCCUCAACCUCCAGCUUAUAUUCCCGGCGCAGGGGAUUAAUGGUACCAUCAAUGCGAAUCUCUACCAGCACACUCUCAGAAAACUCAUCGGUCUAUAUAAUUUCUUCACCGAUAUCCAUGAAUCAACAUUCUCCUUACCUAUCCAGCAAUGGUAGCUUUUCACCUUUAUUCAUUCGAGUCAACAGAGAAGCAAUAGCCAGCACAGACUCGCUGGAUGUCAGCGAUACGUUUACCUGUACCCCAUACUCCGUGAGAACGUUUUCGUUUGGUUCUACAUUGUCCUACGACUGUCAGAGUUCUUCAGAAUCUUGUAGGACAUCGUCUUUCUCCCGUGCCCGAUCUAAAUAUAGAACCUUACAGCGAAAGGUUUCGUCAUCUGUGAAAUACAAUAUACCAGAAUAUUGA